ACUAAAGCGUAUUUGUUUCUCUUUAUUGAAACAGUUGUAUUUGCACUUUUUUUUGUAAAGUUUUUCUCUAACCAAAAUAACAAAGGACUUAGAAACCUGUGUUUCCAUAACAACAGAUUGGCAGCAGUGUGACCUCUCACCCUGUGGAAACAAACACUUCCUGUUUACUUACUGGAACCUCCCACAUGUUUACACUCUAACCCCAUGUUAACCUAAGAGUCUGGGGUCCAUCAUGGAGGCCGUAUCCAACUGUAAAGUGACACAAUGACAGUGUUACCUCAUAUUUACGGUUUAUAAAACCUGAGCUUUAUUUUUUACUAUGUGGUGCAAAGGAAAUGUAUGGGUUUAACAUUUAAAAUGAUCUAAACCCCACAACCAAAAAUUGAUAGCUAAACAAUAAUCCAAUAUCGAUCAUAAUAAAGAUUAUGUUAGAUUUGUGUAGACAUGUUUACGUUGUAAAGUGAAAAACUUGAGUAAUCAUGCUUUACAUUAAUGAAAACAUGCAGUAAGACAGUAAUAAUUUGAUUAGAAAUAAAAAAUCAAGGAAACAAACUAUUUCUAAUGAUCAAAUAUCUUGAUAAUUCUGCUAUUGGACAUAUAUUUUUAUUACAUGCUUUUUCAUUCUUUUAAAUGAGAAAAUUUACUGGAGAAAUCAUUACUGGAAUUACAAAGAAAGGAAUAAACACAGCUGCAAUGGUAAAACUUUCACAGUGGGAUUUACCUCCUCAAUGAUUCAAAGCCUUUUAAAACUGUCACUUUGUAUCAAUGACACCUUUCUGACUCUGUGCUUAGUGGAUGUCAGUCAGUCAAACAAUGUUGGUCGUCCUCUGUGGGUCAGAACACUGAAACGUGGGCUUAAACAAUUGAGACACCGAGUAUAAAGUUUGUUUGCGUUUGCACUCAUUUGUGUACUGUAUGUGUAUGUUGGUGCGGUUGUGUCUGUGCACAGAGAAUACGACGGACGCAAGAAGGGGGCUUGUUUGUGGGUGUCUGUUUGCAUGCCUUAAGUUAGUGUGCAAGGGAGGGGGGCUUAUUGUGUCUCUGGGGAUGUGUGCACACGGACUGUUUGCAGAUCUCGUAACUCUAUGUUGGGGUGGUCUUGUUAAGAGAGAGGAGGGCUUUAUAAGACUUGCUCUUGCUGGCUGCCACAGUAUUGAGACAGUAGUGAGUUACAGAGAAGACAGAGAAAGUGACACAGCAGGUUGAAUGACAAGAGGACGCUUCACAAGGAUCAUCCUUCAAUUUCAUCAUCACCACAAUGACUUUGUCAGCCCCAGGGUACCAAGUUAACUGAACUGAACAGGGCUCCAGUCAUUACAAAUCCAGGAACCUCUACUGACAUGAAUGGAAGAUUAAUUAUUGUAAAAACACAAGAAAUGGACGGACCACUGGAUGAUGACUACUUUAUCUCCCCCUCUCCUUCUUCCUUCCCCCUCUUCAACUGUGAUUACACUAACUGGUCUCCUUCCUUCUACAUCAUCCCUCUUGUAUACCUGCUCAUCUUUCUGGUUGGUAGCAUAGGCAACGCCCUGGUCCUUUGGGUCUCCCUGGACCAAAGUGAGGGAAGAAAAUUAAGGAUCGCACUCAAACACCGAGUUUUAUUUGGAAAAACUUGCUGUACUGAAAUUUUUACAACCAGUGAUCGGGACAUUAACAGCAAUGGAAGAGUUCAGCCUGACACCAGAGAAAACUUAAGACAAAACAACAGAUCAUCAUUCCAUUCUUCCCCCACCUCCUAUAAUACCCCUAUCCCUCGCCUAUCUCGCUCACUGACUGAGUCUCUUAUAGCCAAUUUAGCAUUAGCUGACCUCAGCUUUGUUGUGACUCUCCCUCUUUGGGCUGUCUACACAGCCUUGGGCGACCACUGGCCUUUUGGGCAAUUUCUCUGCAAAGUCAGCAGUUUCCUGACUAUUCUUAACAUGUACGCCAGUGUGUUCAACCUCAGUGUGCUCAGUGUGGAAAGAUACUGGGUUCUGACUGGACGUCGACACUCCACGCAAAAUACCCCAAAGAGCUUCCCCAGCAGAGCUUUACUAAUAAUCGGGGGAAUAUGGAUUUUGUCGACAAUGCUAGCACUUCCUAGUUUGCUGUUACGCUCUGUCCAAACAGAAACAGCUGAGUCUGGAGACUUACUGUUUUGUCAAAUGAAUUUCUCUAUGCUACUAGGAGCCGAUUUGGAUGAGGAAGAAAUAAAAGAGGCCGAGAUGUGGUUGGAAGCCAUCCUGAGUUUUAAAUCAACCCUUAUUGGCUUCCUGUUUCCUCUUGCCAUCCUAUUGGUUUGCUACUGUUCAGUUGCUCAGUUGCUCAGCAAACAUUUUGGACGGGGCCCACGUCCUGAUCGGAAACGCCAGCGAAGACUCCUUAGGGUCAUUGUCACUUUAGUGCUGGCGUUCUUCUUGUGCUGGUUGCCGUUUCACGUCAACAAAACAGUUUUCAUGCUCCUAGAUUUUGGUUUCAUGCCAUACUCUUGUUCUUUAGAACAGCUUUUACUAACCGUUCACCCAUAUGUUACCUGUUUGGCUUACCUAAACUCCUGCCUAAACCCACUUCUCUAUGCUGCCUGUGAUCCAACAUUUAGAAAGCGGUGCAGAGCAGCUCUUCUCAUGUUGUGCAGAUUAUGUAGAAGAGGAGCAAAGAGAAGAGAAGAAAAGAUAGAUGGAGAGGAAAAGAAAGAGGAAAGAAGCUCAUCAUUUCCCACAAAAACACAAGAGGAAACAGCAGAAAGAACAGAGGGACAGUUGGUAGAGGAGAUAGCAGACUGAUGACUGUGGGAUGGGGGACAAAAGAAACU